CGGCGCCUCCCGAAGAGGACAAAUCAAACAACAGCUUUGACUUAUUGGAUUAUCAUCGUUAUCAUCAUUAUUCUGGGCCUUGCUUUCAUCAAAGGGGAACACGUUGCUGAAGAAGAGACCGAUGGUCGCCCGGUCGGCGUGAUGAAGUGUAUGACUCCUUCACUCGGUCACUAGGGUCAAAAUUUGGAACAAAAAUCCCACGCGACCAAUAUUUUGAACGGCCUCUCUCCAUGAGGCUCUUGGCUACGGUAUCAUACCGUAGCGUAUGCCCUUACGAGCUCCACCCAUACCGUAAGAACAUGGCCUACCGGUAAUGUUUGUCUGUGGGCGGGAUAAGGGUGAGGAACGGGGUCGCCACCCUAUCAGGUACUCUCCCCUUGCAUAAGGGGCAUAUUACUCGUACUGGCAUCUAUGGCUGACCACUCGCCGUCCUCGAGAAAAUCUGGCGUCUACGCUACCGUGCCAAUAUGCAUCUCGCAGAUUGUGCUUUUGGGUUUGCGCUGCUUCGCCCAUUCUUUGGGCUGCCAUUUUGCAACAACCGCAAACACACAUGGCUCUUUCUUGUGCUACGGGAUGCAGCACACCUGCCCUCCCUCCUUUCCCCUUGUAUGUUGGGGGAAUGAGCGGAACACAGCCUCUAGCCUAUGCUGGUCAAGGUUGAGAAGAUGUGCGGUAGGUAGCGUGCACGAUCCAACCUGUCGCGGCCUAUAAAGUCCUGGAGCCCUAGUACGCAAUCGCCUUUGAUAUGUUCACUACGCUUCCAUUAUUACUCUACCGCCAGACCAGGGACGCACAGUUCGCACGUCAAAAGAAAUCACAUCGAUAAAUAGCAUACUUUUCCUCCUAGCCAGCAUCACCCGACUACAUCCGUCACACGGAUAGCCUUUUCUCUCACCAGCAAGAAAAGAAAAGAAGGAAAAAA